GAGAAAGGGAGGGUGGAGCAUUGGGCUAGGCGGAGCAUAGCUUCUGUCUGGUAUCAGAGGAAUAAGAUUUCCAUUGAAGCAGCCAGCUCUUGGGAGGUGCCUUUUUUUUUUUUUAAACCAGGUACAAUGCCUAUCUUGUAAGCAACAUACACAUGUAUACACCGUGGUAUAGUCUCUGGAAACGGCCAAAGAGACUCUGCAUCUGGCAUAUUCAGCUAAGGCUGAAGAAGAGAAAGAUAUCGACAGAUCAGGAUAUUGGGAGUCAUGAAGGUUGAGGCUACUCUGUCUCUUUAAGAAGUAUGCUUGUGAUUUCACGGACUAUGCAGUGGCCUCCAUGGCUAUGAUAAGCUUCCUGUUUGUGGCGAUGAUGUGUGUUGUCCAGCACCUGAUGCUUGUCAGUGACCGGAUGGACCUGGACACGCUGUCCCGAAGCCGACAACUGGAGAAAGUAAUGAUCGAAGAGAUGCGGCAGCUGGAGCUUGAGUUUGAAGAGAGAACCCGCGAGGAGGAGAUGCAGCAGGCAGUUUGGAAACCAUUAGAAACUGAAGAAAAACAUGAAAUCGAUGAGGAAAAAAGCAUCAAGGAAAACUAUGCACCAACAGAAGAUUCGGAGAAGAGCUGGGCAUUCAAGUCUGAAGACCCAAAGGGGCCAAUAGGCUGGGUGCUGGGGAACCUGUGGAAUGCAGGGCUCUUUGGUCUGUUUCUCCUCUUUGAGCUUCUCCGGCAGAAUAUGCAACAUGAGCCAGCUUUUGACUCUAGCAGUGAUGAGGAAGAGGAGGAAACCACUGGGGAGACUGUUACUACAUGCAGUUGGCUAUCUGACUUUCCUAAACAGGAAGACUUGGAUUCCUUUUUUGAGGAGAACCUCCAGAACACUGCCCGUGACCUGCCUAGUACUUGUGAGUUUGUAGAGAGCUUUGUGGAUGACCUGAUAGAAGCCUGUCAGGUGCUGGGCCGGAGGGAGUUACUUCCCCAGCUGGAGGAGUGCCUGGGUGUGGGCCCUGCCUUUGAGAAAUGGGGCACUGGCCAAGAUGCCCACAGGUUUGAAGUGCUGGUGCCUCUAUCAGCCCCACAAAGCAAUUCUUUCCACCUAGAGAUGAGAGCCUCAGAAUCUGGUCCGCUUCGUUGUGGCCGAGUGCUGGUAGAGUCGGAGUGUGUAUGCAAACGAGAAAAGCUUUUGGGUGAUGUGCUAUGUCUUGUCCACCACUGGGACAAUACCUCUGGUUCUGGUAAACUUACCAACUCCCUGAAGUCCAAAUUCUGUACUGGCUCAAACCUGGAUGUAUACAAGAGCCUGCAUUGGUUCCGAAACACAGUGGGGGAUGCCUGGACCCUCGUGGCACAUAAGUAUGACUUUAAGCUUAGUCUCACACCUUCAGUCACCUCAUGUAAACUGAGGCUGGACUAUCGCUCAGGUCGAUUUCUCUUAAUCAACUUGAUCCUGGGAGUGCAGCGGGAUGACUCUCUGGUUUAUUUUGUGAGUCAGUCACCUGAACAUGAGAAGCUGACUAGCGUGGACUGGCCUGAGUCUUUCGCAGCUUGUGAGCACCUGUUCCUGAAGCUGGUUGGGCGAUUUGCCCCAGAGAAGACUUGUCAUCUCAAGUGCCUCCAGAUCAUUUCAUACCUCCAGAGCCUCAAGGCCCCGCCCCAUGGGCUGCAUCAACCCAUUCUCACCCCUUACCACUUCAAGACAGCCCUCAUGCACCUCUUGCUACGGCUGCCUCUUACUGACUGGAAGGCUGAACUAUUCCCUCAGCGGCUCCAGGACAUCCUCUGGUACCUUGGCCGUGGGUUACAGGAGAGAUGUCUUUAUCACUUCUUGAUUGGAAAUACCUUUCUACCCCUUACCAUCCCAGUCCCCAAGAACUUUCGGAGUGCCAAGCCUGUCAAUCUCUUUCGGCACCUCGAACUAGACUCUGCGGCACACUCAAAGGCAGUGACAGAGUUCCAUGACCUUGUGACCCAGGUGAAAUCUUUGCCCGGCUUACCAAUAUCUGGUAGGGUCAUGUAAAGGCCAUUAAAAUGGGAUUUCUGAUUUUUUUUUGCUCCUAUAGAGUCUGUUUUUCAGAUGUCUCACAAUCAGUGUCUGUACCUCUUGACAUGUCAUGAGGAUAUAUGUAGUUCAUGAUCCUGGGCAUGGGGAACAGAAGGAGAUGUCUUAUAGAUGUCUCCCAGGAGUUCAUGAAAAUAGGGUAUAGGCUACCUAGCACUAACUAACCUAGGCUGUGGCUUCCAAGGUUUUUCUACUGACAUAAUUCACAACAGGCACACACGACCACAUGUUCAUGUGACUGGAAUCCAGAAGGAAAACAGGUUCUGAAAAGCUAUAAAUAUUUGCACUAAAAAUGGGUGGGAGGGGGGUAAUCUGAGAGAAUGCCCAUUUUAGCCUGUUCCUAUUUAUGCACAUUACCUAGUUUUCCCUUUGAACUUGUGUGAUCUAUUUAACUUGCAUCAAAGCUGUGAUCACGUUCUGUAAAGUGCAUUUUAACCAUAAAGCACUAUAUAAAUGGGAGUUGUUAUUGGAAUAAUUCAGCUAUAACACCUCAUCCCAAGCAAAUGCUGUCAAGACUUUUGAUUUCAAAUUCACAGAUUUCAGGAUCCAAUUCUCCCUAUGAAAAUUCCCUACUUUCAGUAUUUCUAAUAUACAACUAAGAAACAAGACAUCUUCUUUGUUGAGUUUCUGUUAUGACUCCAGAUUUUCUAGCUAUAUUGUAUUCUUGACAUCACCAGUCCUAAUCAAAUCAUAUAUUAGCAUUGAUUCUUCAACAUUGUUAUUAUAAGAAUCAGAGGAAGGCCUCCAGCCCAUUGGGGAAAUCACUUAUCAAGAAUUUAUGGAGACAUAGCAAAAAUUUGCACAAGAUAAAAACAUGAACAGGUCAUGAUCCACAUGGUUGGAAGAAGUAUCCACACUGUUGUUGAAGUGUAAGAUUCUGAAAUUAAUAAUCUACUGUAUAGCUAAAGUAAUUUACUUAUUCUAAUUGGUGCCAGUAUCUGACAACUUUUCCAGUGCUUGGAAGAAACAGUACAUAAGGAAGAUCUUUUAAAAACACAGGGUCACUAAGAUUAAUAAUUUCUGUACUGUUAUUAUUGAAGGAGAAUAUCUCUCUCAAUUUCAAGACAUAACCAACAAUUUCUACAGAGUUGAGGAAGAGCUUUUUACAUGGAAAGAAGCUUUAGUCAUUAACCUCUAGUAAAUUAACCUCUAAUGCAUCCUUGCUUUUCCCCAGUUUGGUAAAUUCUUUCAAUUUCUUUUAAAUUCAGGGUAAUGAAUUAUCUGAAUAUUGUGGUUUUCAAAAGUGAGUUUAUAAGAACCCAGGCUUACAACAAAGUGUUGAUUCUAAAGAUGUUUUGGGUUUGCUUUUGCCUUUUAAAAUAACCUCAGGUAUCAAUUUAUAUAGGUUUGUGGGGGAGAAGAAUGAAGGUGGGGAUCAUAGCUAGAGAUUGUACAUGCUAUUUCUUCCCCAGUUAUCAUAAAAUGUUAUCUAUGGAAAUGUGGCUGACAUGACAUCAACACUACCAGGGGAUAUCAGAUGUUGGCUAGCUUCUCUGAGACUAUAGUCACAAUAAUACAAAAUGGCUCAAAACAUUUGUCAAAAUCCAAUGCUAACUCACAUUGGUUUCCAUGGUCCAAGAGUAGCUCCCUUUUUUGGUAUGAUACCUACUGGGAUAUGCCGUGAGUUCUUUGAAGUUGUGAUAGUUUUAUGAUGGUGGAAGAAGUUUGUUAUUUUUUUAAGUAUGCACACACACAUACACUUGUUCUAUGGAGUUGAGA